AUGACUGUUUCUCCAUACCAAUCACUCAUCAAACCAGAUACUGAUGCCAACAGAGAGGUUCCAACUAAACCAUUCAAUUUGUCAAAAAACAUAACUGAGAGAUUUUCUCUAAAGGGUAAAGUCACUGUCAUUACUGGUGGUGCAGGUGCUAUUGGAUCUGCAAUUGCUGAAGGUUAUGCUCAAGCUGGUGGUGACGUUGCCAUUUUAGAUCAUGCUCAUAGCGACAAUGGUUUAAGUAAAAGAUUGGCCACCGUUUAUGGCAUCAAAUCCAAGUUUUACCAAAUUGAUGUCACUAAUGCUGAACAAGUGAAGGAAGUUGUUGGCAAUAUUGAAGAGGAAUUUGGAACAAUUGAUGUUUUUGUUGCCAAUGCUGGUAUUGCUUGGUACACUGGGUCCAUUCUCAAUGACGAUUCAACUCCAGAAAACUGGAGAAAAGUGUUUGAUGUCAAUGUCAAUGGGGUUUUCUAUUGUGCUAAAUAUGCGGGACAAAUUUUCAAAAAGAAAGGUUCUGGAUCAUUCAUCAUUACUGCUUCCAUGUCAGCUCACAUUAAUAAUGUACCAAACUAUCAAACUGCUUACAACUCCGCAAAGGCUGCAGUAAUGCAUAUGGCCAAAGGAUUAGCUGUUGAAUUCGCUGGAUUUGCAAGAGUCAAUUCAGUAAGUCCUGGUUACACAAAUACAUUGUUGUCUGCGCCAAUACCGACUGAACAAAGAGCUAAGUGGUGGGGUCUCACGCCAAUGGGAAGAGAAGCUGAAACCGAUGAAUUGGUUGGUGCUUACUUGUACUUGGCUAGUGAUGCAUCAAGCUUUACCAACGGUUCAGACAUUAGAGUUGAUGGUGGAUAUUGCUGUGUAUAA